ACCUCUCCAACAACAGCCCCCCUCGUCACCCCAUUUUCAUUUUAUUUUUUCUUUAUUUCUCAAAUUACUUUUUCUUUCCUUAUUUUUAUUAUUAUUUCUUACAAAAAUUAAGAAACACGAGACGUAAAUUUUAGAGGACGAAUCCGCUGUGCAAAUCAAAAUUUUGAAACCCAAAUCCAAAAACCAAAAAUCCCUCAAAAUGGCAUUUCAUGUAGCUUGUCCAAUUACAUGCCGCAGAAUCUGCACCUGUCCGCUAGGGUUUCUGCGCGGCCCGAAGAAUGAGCAGCAGGACGACGUCGUUUCGAGGCUCCAGGAUUUUCUCCGUGAUCCCACCGGAAUUGCGGGACUCGACGGUGGCGGUCUCACGGUGCAGGUCGCUGUACCGAAGGUGGUGCUACAGCCGCAGCCUCCGCCACCACGCCAGGUGCUACCAUCUGUUGUGGACGAGGCAGACGAGGCCGCGUCGGUGCAGGCAAAGAGGGCUGCGCUGCAGCGGAAGGGGGCCGCCGCCAUGGUUGCUGCUGAGGAGUAUGCUCGCCGAUUUGAGUCCGGGGAUGUCACGGAUACAUCAGGAAAUCACACUGGAGAAGAACAGGGUCAAUCAAAUGUUUUCUGUCGAAUGUGCAAUCGUGUUGAAAAUAACGGAAGUGAGAGAGCCAAAAAGAUGCUAUCUUGCAAAAGUUGUGGUAAAAAAUACCACAGGAACUGCCUGAGAAGUUGGGCUCAAAAUAGAGAUUUAUUUCACUGGAGUUCAUGGACCUGUCGAUCUUGCCGGAUUUGUGAGGCUUGCAGAAGAACUGGAGAUCCAAGCAAGUUCAUGUUUUGUAAAAGGUGUGAUGGUGCCUACCAUUGUUACUGUCUGCAACCUCCUCAUAAGAAUGUUAGUACUGGUCCCUAUUUGUGCCCAAAGCAUACAAGGUGUCACAGUUGUGGAUCAAAUGUCCCUGGAAAUGGACCAAGCUUGAGGUGGUUCCUGGGAUACACCUGCUGUGAUGCAUGUGGAAGAUUGUUUCUGAAAGGGAACUACUGUCCUGUUUGUUUAAAGGUUUAUAGAGAAUCGGAAUCAACUCCAAUGGUAUGCUGUGACAUUUGCCAACACUGGGUACAUUGCCAGUGUGAUAAUAUUAGUGACGAAAAAUAUCAACAAUUUCAAGUGGAUGGAAAUCUUCAGUAUCAAUGUCCUACAUGCCGUGGGGAAUGUUAUCAGAUCAAGAAUCAUAAAGAUGCUGUUCAAGAGCUUUGGAGGAGAAGAGAUGUAGCUGACCGAGAUUUAAUUGCCAGCUUAAGGGCUGCAGCUGGUUUACCAACUCAAGAAGAAAUCUUUUGUAUUUCACCAUAUUCAGAUGAUGAAGAUAGCGGGCUUCUAAAGUUAAAGAGUGAAUCUGGACAUUCCCUGAAAUUCUAUAUGAAGAACUUGUCUGGUGACUCAACAAAGAAGAUGAAAGAUUAUGGAAAGAAACAUUCAAGCGGAAAGAAUGCUAGGAAAAAGGAUCUAGAGACAUUUAUUGAUAAAAUUGAUGCACAAUGUAAUCUUGAGGGACACAGUGGAUUGAAAUCUUUGCAUGGGUUGGAUGAUGAUAUCCAAUCCCAUGAAAAUGAAGUUCCCAAUGUUUAUUCAUCACCUGCUGCUGGAAGCAUGAGUCAAACUGAAGGAUCUUGCCCUGUUAAUCAGCCAGUGAUUUUGAGACACAAAUCUGUAGAUGAAGCAAGCAUUUAUGAUGAAGAGAGGAGACCUAGAGUUGUUCGAAUUAAAAGCAGCAAGGCACACACUCUUGAUAGUGCAGGGGAGAGUGGAAAGCCUGCUGAUAUGACCCAGAAUGUGAAAGGGAAGAAGUUGGUUAUAAAUUUGGGGGCACGUAAGAUUAAUGUUUCUUGUUCUCCACAGUCUAAUUCAUCAAGCUGCCAAAGAGAUCAAGCUGUGAUUGCCCAUCAUGGAAACAGAAUUGACUCUGGUCAAUCACAAGUUAUAAAGGGUUCUGUAAGAGAAGGAAAUGUAAUCAAAUUGGGAAAAUUUAAGCCAGAAAUUUCUGAACUGAAUUCAACCUCUGUUAGGGGUAGUGGUAGUCUGUCUGAUGGAUGUGAAGCUGUUCCUUCACAGCAACCUCACAUCAUGCUGGGUAAAGAUAGUACUGAUGGAAUUGAUCAAGUUGGAGCCGUAGAAGAUAUGCCUCAAAGAGGUGAAAGAAUGUUGACGGGAAAGUUUCCUGAAGGCGGGUCUCAUGCAGAUAAAAAUAUUAAUCAGAUGCCUUCACAUUCUUCGACGAAAGAUCCUAGAACUUCACUAAGAUUUAAACUCAAGAAACCAAGCUUUGAAAACGGAAAAAUUCCUCAUCAGGACAAAUCUUCAAUCAAGGGACAGAGGUCUAAAAGGAAGAGGCCACCACCUUAUAUGGAAAAAACAUCAUUUAAUGAGGAUGAUGUAACACAAUUGCAUCAGGACAAUCUAAUGGAUGAGAUUAUGGAUGCCAACUGGAUAUUGACGAAAUUGGGUAAAGAUGCAAUUGGAAAGAGAGUUGAAGUUCAUCAGGCCCCUGACAAUUCUUGGCACAAGGGAGUGAUUACUGACAUAAUUGACGGCUCUUCAAAUUUAUAUGUCACUAUAGAUGAUGGAAGGGUGAAAAUCUUGGAACUUGGGAAACAAGGGAUCCGUUUGGUUCCUCAGGAACAGAAGAGACCAAAAACAUGAAUGAAAUGUCCACUCUUGGUAAUUAGGUCAUGUGGAGACUUUAUAUUCAUUGAGUUGCAGCGAAUUUAAUGUUCGAAGCCUCCAGUUAGUGUGGGUUUAUACAGAUGUUGCUCCCACUGGUGGUCCUGUGGUUAUUUCUGCGCAAAGCAUUGUUGGAGCUAUCUCACUUUUGUUUAAGAAUGUAACCUUGUCUUACCUUCCAUUCUUUUCCUCACUGCGAGUUCAUCAGGCAUAGUUUUUGUUCUUUUCUGCAUGUGUCUAGCUUUCAUAGAUUAGCUUCUACCUGUGGUUUAGAAUAGGGGGAGAAAGUGCAAGUAUUAGAUGUAAGACCAUUAUUACUUGUUCUGAACUAGCCUUAAUGGAAUGAGAUAUUUGUCUCGAUUGUAGAUCCUAGGGCAUUGGCUUAAGUUCAUAAAAUGCUUGUAACGAUCAUGCAUCGAUAAAGCAUCAGUAGUUAGUAGAUAUAGGUUGAUUAGGUCUUGGUUAUGCUGCUCUGUUUAAAGCUAGAUCUUAUUUUGCC